AUGGUCGCCAAGCAGCUGAGGAUCUACAACUUCAAGGAUGACCAGAUCCAGGAGCUCAAACUGCACCGUCAGCUCAUCCUCAUUUGCGAUGGCUACGACGAAAGCCAGCAAUUGGUCAAUCUCCACAAGACCAACAUGCUGAAUCAGCCGGGGCAGUGGAACACCAAGAUGAUAGUCAGUUGCCUCACCCAGUUUCUUGGACCGACCUAUCUCGACCGCUUCAAGCCUCAACCUUUUGAUCGGUACUCGUCUGGCUCGCAGGAUCUCUUCCAGGAGGCAGUUGUCGCGCCAUUUUCCAAGGACCAGGUCAAGAACUAUGUCGAGCAGUAUGCCAAGGAUCCCCAGGCGGCGCUUUUGUUUAGCAACAGCCAAGCUCCAUGGUCGGCAGAAGAGUACAUGGACAAGCUGGCAGCGAUCCCCAAUGUCAUGGACCUCGUCAAGAAUCCCUUCCUGCUUACACUUGCGCUCAAGGCCCUGCCUGGUCUUGCUGCGUCGAACAAGAAUCUGGCAAGCAUCCGUGUUACACGUGCAGGGCUCUAUGAUAUGUUUGUCGACCAAUGGCUGGAGACGAACAGGGUGCGUCUACAAUCCAACACUUUGACCAAGGAGGAGCUGGCGGCUUUCAACUCUCUGGUGGAUGACGAUUUUAUUGUCCAAGGAGUCGACUACCUUGUGCGACUAUCCGCCACUAUCUUUAAGGAGCAGGACGGAAACCCGAUCGUUCAGUACACCCAUCGGCAAGACAAGAACACUUGGAAGGCGGCAUUCUUUGGCACCGACCCCGAGGCCAAGCUGCUCCGUGAUGCCAGCCCAUUGAUGCGCACCGGCAACCAGUAUCAUUUUGUCCAUCGGUCUGUUCUUGAGUACCUUUUCUCUCGAGUCAUCUACAGCCCGGUCAAGGUUGACGAGGAAUUUGAUCCGCAAGUCGAAACUGCACCCCCAGUCUCGCAACUCCUCGACGCCAACAAUCCCUUGUUCCAGAGAGACCUACUCCAGGAACCGUCUAUCAUCCAGUUCCUGUGUGAUCGCGUGAAGCUGAACCUUGAUUUCAAGCUUCAACUUCGCGCCGUCAUCGACCGGUCCAAGACCGACGCUAGUGCUGCCAUUGCCGCCACCAACGCGAUCACGAUCCUGGUCAGAGCCGAUGUGUCCUUCAACGGCGCAGAUCUUCGAGGCGCCAAAAUCCCUAAUGCCGAUCUGUCCGGUGGUCAAUUCGACUAUACUCAGUUCCAAGGAGCCGACUUGACAGGCGUCAAUUUCUCGAAGAGUUGGCUGCGGCGGGUGGACAUGAGCGAUGCACAUAUGGAGGGUGUUCGAUUUGGAGAGCUACCGUACCUUGAGAUGGAUGAAACUAUGCUCUCCUGCACAUGUUCGCCCGAUGGGAAGAUGCUUGGUGCGGGUUUAUUCGAUGGGACCAUUUAUAUCUACGACACUUCAACCUGGACAAGGAUGCAUCGCCUGCAAGGACAUGCUGAUAGGGUGGAGAGUAUUGUCUUCUCACCAGACAGCCAACGACUCGUAUCCGGCAGCUACGACUGGACGGUUCGAUUGUGGGACACUACCAGCGGUGAGGAGCUAUUGGUCAUGGAGAAACACAGCCACAAUGUUAUCUCGGUCACUAUCUCACCCUGUGGAGGCAGAAUUGUGUCGGCCAGCGACGACACGACGAUGCGAUUAUGGGACGCGCACACUGGAGAGAGUCUCUUUGUGUUGGAGUGUGAUGGCUUUUCGACGAGGAACGUCAAGUAUUCACCAGAUGGACGCCAACUUGUGUCAGGCGGCUUGGACGGGAUGAUCCGGUUUUGGGAUGCAGAGACAGGAGAGUCAGGGAUUGUUUUAAGUACAUCUGCGCCCAUCCCCCACAAGAUACCUACGCAGACGGAGGUUUCGUCCAGGGCUUACGCUCUGGAUGGCAGUCAGCUCGCAUUCGGUUGUGUAGAUGGCUCUAUCCGCUUGUGGAACUGUCAAACCGACACAGCAGGACCCGUCUUGGAGGGCCACUCAAGGUGUAUUUGCAUAUUGGUCUAUUCGCCGUGCUGCCGCUGGAUUGUCUCUGUCGACGAGAGCAACACCGUGCGAUUGUGGGACCUGCACGAUAUGGGGCUACAAUAUCUUCUUGUGGAUGUCGACGAGCAUUUGGGAGGAGAUUUCGGUGCUGUGGCUUUCUCGUCAACUGGAGGUCAACUAGCAAUCCAUGCUGGAAGCGUCGGCAAUGUAGCAUGGAAUCCCGUUGUUCCAAUGGAGCUUACCACCGGUGCCUUUGAUGGAUCUGUCCAAUUAUGGAGAAUGUCGAUCGAUGAGGGUGGGAACAUCGUCUUCAAGAUGGUUUGGGGCCCAAACCUAAGAAUACUCUAUACCAAGGGUGCUACAUUCACGAACGCCGUAGGACUCAGCCCGACCCACCAAAAGUUGUUAGUCCAACGCGGGGCCCUUCCUCCUUCCGAAGAACCGACAUUCCCACAUGACUAG